AUGAACUUUUUCAAUGUUUCCAUUGCUUUGUGUCUUUGCACUCUUUUCGCUUUUGUUUCGUCUGAUACUCCUGAAGCAAUGCGAGAUCUGGUGACAAACUUUCCUGGUCAACCUAAAGUGAGCUUCAGACACUACGCCGGUUACGUCACAGUAGAUAAAACCAACGGAAGGGCUUUGUUUUAUUGGUUCUUUGAGGCUAUGACUCAACCGAACGUGAAACCUUUAGUACUUUGGCUUAAUGGAGGUCCUGGAUGUUCUUCUGUGGGAUACGGAGCUACACAAGAGAUUGGUCCAUUUCUCGUGGAUAACAAAGGAAACAGUAUCAAGUUUAACCCCUACGCAUGGAACAAAGAGGCAAAUAUUCUAUUUCUUGAAUCUCCUGCUGGUGUUGGGUUUUCAUAUUCAAACACAAGUAGUGAUUAUAGAAAACUCGGCGAUGACUUUACAGCGAGAGACACAUACACUUUUCUCCAAAAGUGGUUUGAGAGAUUCCCAACUUACAAAGAGAACAAAUUCUUUAUCGCAGGAGAGAGCUAUGCAGGAAAAUACGUACCGGAGCUUGCAGAGGUUAUUUACGACAAGAACAAGAAACACAACGACACCUUGUCACUUCACAUCAACCUUAAGGGAAUUUUGCUUGGAAAUCCAUUGACAUCAUAUGCGGAAGAUUGGACAGGAUGGGUUGAUUAUGCGUGGAGCCACGCAGUGAUAUCGGACGAGACAUAUAGAAUCAUAAAAAGGAGCUGCAAUUUCAGUAGUAACACUACUUGGGAAGUUAAAGAAUGCAAAGAUGGCGUAGACGAAAUACUCAAACAAUACAAAGAGAUUGAUCAAUUCAGCCUCUACACUCCUAUUUGCAUCCGCCAUUCAUCAAAGAUAGAUUCUUACCCCAAUUACAAGAUGAUACCGAGGCUUUUUGAUGGAUUUGACCCGUGUUUGGAUGAUUACGCGAAAAUAUUAUACAAUAGAGUUGAUGUUCAGAAAGCUCUUCAUGCGAUUGACAGUGUUCAUCUCAAGAACUGGACCAUUUGCAACAGGGAUAUUUUAAGUAACUGGAACUGGACUGAUUCAAAGCCAUCUGUUUUGCCUAUAUAUAAGAAGCUCAUUGCGGAAGGAUUUAGAGUUUGGGUUUACAGCGGCGAUACUGAUGGAAGAGUACCGGUACUCUCAACAAGGUACUGCAUAAAUAAACUGGAAUUACUAAUCAAGACAAUUUGGAGGCCAUGGUUCCACGAGAAACAGGUAAGUGGAUGGUUUCAAGAAUACGAAGGUCUUACAUUCGCAACGUUCAAAGGAGCAGGACAUGAUGUGCCUUCUUUCAAACCUAGUGAAUCUCUUGCAUUUUUCUCUGCAUUCCUCAACGGAAUUCCUCCUCCUUUGUCUCGACAGAGUUCAAAGCAAAUUUAA